UGGGAAUAUAUCCCUGACUCGAUUUUACUGUGUUCAAUAUUGUGUGGCUUUCUGUUUGAUUUGUGAGGUCCCGUUAUUUAUAGAAGUCAAAAUGGCAGUUCACGUGCCUCGUAGAGCUACCUGGAUCAUCCUGUGUCAAUUUUUGUUGGCUCUUGUUGCAGGAGAAUGGAACACCAAGGAUUAUCAAAGACGAGAACACAGCUUAGUGAAACCGUACCAAGGUUCUGGCAUGGGUGUUCCUCAAUGGGACUUCAUGGGUAGCACAAUGGUGACAAACAACUACAUCCGCUUGACUCCAGACAGGCAGAGCAAGAUUGGAGCUAUUUGGAACAAUGUGCCAUGCUUUGUUCCAAACUGGGAGAUUCAUAUCCAGUUCAAAGUCCAUGGCAGUGGGAAGACACUUUUUGGGGAUGGCUUUGCUGUCUGGUAUACCAAAGAGAGGAUGAAAAUUGGAAAUGUGUUUGGCAAUGCAGAUCCCUUCACUGGCUUGGCCAUUUUUAUGGACACCUACAGCAACCACAAUGGCCCUCACAAUCAUAACCACCCAUACAUUUCUGCUAUGUUAAACAAUGGCAGCCUCACUUAUGACCAUGACACCGAUGGGACACACACACAGCUGUCAGGAUGUGAGGCCCAAUUCCGGAACAAGGACUAUGACACCUACGUUUCCAUCAGAUAUGAACGCAACACACUAACUGUUUCAACAGACAUAGAUAACAAAAGUGGUUGGAAAGAUUGCUUUUCCGUGUCUGGCAUCAAACUUCCAGUUGGUUAUUAUUUUGGUGUGUCUGCAGCCACUGGUGAUUUAGCAGAUAAUCAUGAUGUGAUGUCCGUAAAAUUUUAUGAGCUUGAUGAUGACGAUUCAAGUCCAAAGGCGCCGUUGUAUACUGGUCUUCCUGAGGCUUCAGCAAUGGAAGCCCCCAGAGAUCGUGUUGAUGAUAACAAGGGGUCAUAUCUCCUUGGUAACCUGACUGGUUGGAAACUGCUUGUAAUCAUCAUCCUCCUUGUUAUUGGAGUUGGUGUUUGUUUCAUGGUUGGCAUUAUUAUUUUCCAGAAACAACAAGAAAAUUCCAGAAAAAGAUUUUACUAAGGCUGGAGGUGUGUUCUUACAAGCCUAAGAAUUGAAUUGCCCAUUUUUCCCAUUUGUGUAUGAAUUUCAAAGUUUAUAUUUUUGCAUUGACUAAAGUGGCGUAGGUAAGUCAGUUUUUAAAAAAAGAAGCAUUAGCUAAGCUGUAGCUCAGAAUGGUUAUGAAGGUUGUGGAAACACCAGCAGUAAUUUGAGAGUACAGCUAUCUUAACUGCAGUCAAAUGAGUAUGAAAAUGCUGUAGAAUGAAGCCUUAUAAAACUUACAAGGAGUGUGUCACCGACACUAUUACAUUAACAUUGUGUGUAUGCAUAUUGAAAGUAUUUGUUCUCCUUGCAUAUCAAAGAAGUCGCUCGUGUGUUCUAUAUUAUACUGCACUAUUAUUCAAGCUGUGAAUGCCGGAUAGAGGCUGUAUGUGCUUUGAGGUUCUCUCAUGUAGGCCUUCAUGUUUGUGCUGGAGAUUUCAAAACAUCACAAUAUGGUUUCUUUGGCUGUAGAGACUGUUUCAUUCUGUUUCUGUAGCUCUGCUAAAUUUUUUUAUCACGCACAUAGGUAUGUAUCUCCCAGACCUGUGUAACCAGCCUGCCCCACUUUCUCCAUUUUUGUUGUAACUCGGUGUGAAAGAGAUUAAUAUUUUACUCAUACUUUUUGUGUUUCUGAAGUGCAGUGUUGAGAUCUUUCGUUCAGUAUUUAGUCUAUUUAUCUGAGAGGAUAGAGUAAGCUCAGAUAUAGUCAGCAGUUUGCAAUGAAAGCUAGAAGUAUGCCUAUGAUGUACUGUCUUUCAAUUGCAGUAUAUAAGUUACAGGAUUUUAAUUUUUUCUCCUUAAAUUCAAUUUUUGCCAUCACCCAUCAGUUUAAACAUUGUCAGAGGACAGAUAUCUUUUGAUAUCUGACUAGGUUAGUGGGGGGUUUUUCUGCUUGCCAUGUUCACCUGAUGUUUUACAUAAUGAUGUGUUGCUGUUGAGAAUAGUAUUAUUUUGAUAAGUCGUAGUAGUAAAUAGUGUGAUUCUGAUUUCCAUUACAUUUUGUCAUAGGCUUUUUUCAGCAUCCUAUCAUUACUACAUAAACAAUUGCCGUACUCUGAUUAUCAAAACAGUAACUGUCAGAAGGUUUUAUGUCUUCACGUGUGUUUUGCAGCAGUAAAACACUUUUGGAAACUCAAAAUAUCUGCUACACAGUUAGAUAGCUACAAUGUUUGAUGUAUAUUUCUUUUUAAACAUCAAUCAAUCAAUGAAGUUUGUAAUAUUAAAACUCACUCAUUAUUUAUGCCACUGACCGAUAGGGUGUUGUGUCGAAAGGAACUGUUCAACUGUGAGUGCAAUGACUUCAUGUGUAAAGUUUUACACUUGGGUUCUUCAAUUCUUUUGAGAUGAGACUGCGUUGUUUUAUUCUUUCAAUGAGAUUUGUUGUCAAAACUUUACUGUCUUCAGCUACCUUUGCAGUUUGGUAAACUACAGAAAGAAAUAAUUUAUUGCUGUACUGUAUGCGUGUACUGUUUUUUAAAAUGAAAAUAAGCCAAAGACUUUGGGAGUGAAGGAGCCAAAACUUUUAAAGCUCAGGUAUUAUUAUGUAGUUUUGAGCAGAGUUGAGAUCAUCUGCAGAACAGCAUCUUUUAAUUGAUUAGAUAUGGCAAAGCUUUGUUGCUUUAGAACAUGAUAGUAAUAGUAUGUAUGAUAGUACAGCUGAAGUUUGGAACGAAAGAAAGAAUAGUUGCUCACAGAAGUGACCUUACUAUGAGAAUAUGAAUGUAAGAAGUGGGAAGUUUUGUCUCGUAGAAACAACAAAAGGAGAUAGCUGCACUCUCAUUCUGUACUUUCUUCUCCAUAUCUUCAAAAUGUGGGUGAAAGUUUUGCUUGGUACAGGAGUACCAGGAUAUAAGCUAUACACCUGUUGAUUUACUAAUGACGAUGGGGUUUACAUUUUCUGAACCAAUUUUAAGAGCAUGUUGGUUUACUCCUAUUUAUUCAUUUGACUUUGGAAGCAUUUUCUGUUUUUUUAUUAUUGAAUUUUAUGUCUGUAUAAUGUUUGCAAAGCACUGUAUUGUUUGUGUGCGUGUUUUAGGCUUAUUGUUUUGGGGAGUUUCUCAUUGAACAGCAAACCUUUCCUUCUUUCUACCUUUAUGAUUUAAAUUCUCAUGUUAAAGGAAUAUACAGGGGGUUUGUGUUGAACUCACUUGAGUUGAUCUUCAGUUAAAUUGAUCUUUUUCUUGGGUCCCAACGGUUAAGUUGAACUUCUCUUGAGUUCUUUCACUCCCUUGAUGACAUAAACUCAUCUGUAGUCGACCGUAUUACCUGUUUCCAAACAUUGUACUUUGUUUUUCAUAUGAAUAUUCCUGAAGUGCCACAUAUUAGAUAUUCUGAAGCUUGAAAACCAAUGUGUGUAAGAUCUUUAGAUGCUUAAAACAGAAGGUAUUCUUUUCUUCAGUGCCGCUAUAUAUUAUUGAAGCCAGUGGAAUUUUUAUUUAAUCAUGUAUUUUGUUUUGGAUGAAGUUUGAAUUUUUAAAGUGUUGAUUCCUGUUGGGUGUCAGUGAGUGCUAUUCUGUUGUGUGCUAGACAUAUAUGUUUUCAGUAUAUUUGUCAUAUCGUAUUUCAAUUACUACCACAGUGACACAUGUUAUCAGAAAAAAGGGACAUGGUUGAAUUGAUAAAAAAGACAGCCAUUCCUGAAUGAAGAUUUUAAAAAGAUAAAUUGGGCAUGGAGGCGAGUGAUGUCCGUAAUUUACUUUUAUAAGCCAUAUUUCAUGUGUAACCCUGUCUUUUUAUAUAUGCAAGUACUUUAAAAUGAGAUGAAAAUCUUUGACACUGUAUUAUGGCUGCUGAAUUGGUAAAACAUUUUAUCUUUAUACAUAAUGAAUUCCCUAGUUUGAUCGCGCCAUGUUUGGAGUCUUUAACUUUAACAUUGUGGCGAUAUAUUGGUACAUGAGCACCUCACCUGCCCACUGUCCUGGUGUUGGCUCUUGAAUAUAGACGUUGAACUUUCUUUGGCCAGAUGCUUGCUUACUUUAUUUGACUUGACUUUAUUUACCAUCCUUCAUCUUGCACCAUCUUGUGCUGUUGAGUUGAGAGAACACUGGCAGUCUGUAAAUGUUGGAAGGCCUGAUGCAGUGGGAUGCUUAAGGUCCUCAGGGUCUCUUUCUAGCCCUUGUUUCUGGUAUUCUUUGGGUUUUACUCUCACACCCUCUUCAUCUUCUUGUUGUAUGCCUUAUGAAUCAGAUGUCUAUACUAUUCAGUUUUCCACCGUUGGAUGUAGUAGUGCUUUUGUGUUGCACUCCUGGUUUUUCUGAUCUUGUUUGAUGAUGUCAGGUCAGGUCUUUUUGACAAUUUUUCUUUAAAAAAUUGCAUCAUGCAGUCAGGGGAUAAUCUUGUUUUUCAGGCUUUUUAUGAUCGCCACUGUCUGACUCUGGUGUGAAGAUUUGACUUAAGUCUGACUGGUGAUGUUGGAAUGUGUGACGAGUGAGGCUAGUUGGUAGAUGAUGCUGAUGGCUUUCUGGAUGUUUGUCUUGAUCUCUUUGUCGAGAUGAUGUCCGUCUUCUGUGCAGAUGCUACCGAGAUACUCAGCGACUUGCUUUAGUGAAGUUAUGCUGAAGUUGAGGUUGCCAAGUGUACUGCCAACCUUUAUUGUCUCAGUCUUUCUGAUGCUGAUCUUCGUACUAUAUUCCUAAAAGAGUAUGUUCCGUCUUUUGCAAGUUCUUGCCGUUUCUCUUUUUUUGUCUUUGAAACUUUGGCCAUCUUCUCACAGUAUCUCGUUUAGGGCCUCUGGGUUGAGAUUUUUUAAAGUGUUUGCAUUUUCACACGAAAUUGACUUGCCACCAAGUUGCGCUGGAGGUGGAGUCUGCCUCUGCAUUCCAUUUUGUCUGUUGGCUUGGCUACAGACUCUUAAUGCAUAAAUCUUGGAAUUUUUUCUUUUUCAUCCUGUGUAAGACUUCCUUAAAUUUUAUUUGUUCCGCGCUUUACUCAAACAAAAGAAAGAAGUCCCUUGCAGCCUUUGAUUAUGAGGCGCUAACUUAUUUUCUUGUGGAAUGUUGACAUUUUCUUUUAGCUCUUUUCUGGCUUAAUUGGUUUUAGUUGUGCAUGACUUACAUAGACUGAACCUAGUCUUCCAGAAUGUUUAACUGAAAGUUCUUUUCAGGUAUUAGUUCAACUCUGCAUUUUUGUCUUGUAAAUAGUGAGGGAUAUAUAUUAAUUAUACAUGUAGCCUACUAUGUGUCUGACUGUACUGAAGACAGCUUUUAUUGAAAGAAAAUGAAGUUCAAAUGUUAAGAAUGACUUUGUAAGACUGCAUUUUUUCCAUAACUGUAAUCAAUUUUGUCAGCAUUUGUAAAAUACAUUAGAGAUUGCCUUUAUUGAGAAUAUCUUGGGCAGUCAGAUCUGUGAGUCUUGAUGCUUAGGGGGUGCCAUUCUUCAGGAUAUUUUUGGUAUUCUGUAAUUAUUAGAUGUUCUUUAAUCAAGACCUUAAUCAAUCUUGUGUGACUUUCUAUCAUGUCUGUCUUGAUGGACCUGAUGUUAUGGGUUUUUGUGGUGGUCAUCUUAAACAUUUUGGGAAUCUUGCAGGUCUGUAUAGCUCCCCUAGGUCGUCUACUGCACAGAUGAUAAAGACCAGUGUCUUAUGUGUCCCAAAAGCAAAACAACAGUGAAACUUGCGUGUCAUUCAGUAACAAUUCUCCACAGCAGUAAUAGGUGCAUAUCAUUUUGCUAAAGAUGCCGGUUAUAUGUUCUUGCUCAAUGUCAUUUGUCAACCGUUGGAGUGCUUGGGUGUGUGGCUCGGAUAGAUGCUAAAAGUAUGAUAUACCGGUACUUUCUGGUCGUCGAAAUUGGGAAAUGAUUUUUUUUAUUGAAGUGCUAUACUAUACAGCUGACAGUGAAAGAGUUAAAUCUCAAAUGUUAUCAACAAGUUACCAAUAGUGCAAGUAAAUCCAUCUACUGAAUUUCCCAAAUUUGUUGCGUUGUUUGAUGUUUUACAAUCCCAUUGUUUUCUAUGAAUUUAUAAGAUUCAAUUUUUUCAUGUUGCGCUUGGCGUUUUUUUCCUGUGGCAAAUGUGUUCCAAUGUUGUUAGUGCCUCAUGGAUGGUCUUCGAAGCCUCAGUGUGAAUGUGACUUCAGUCUGUUGUGUUAUGUUAGGUAGGGUUGUAACUUUUGUAAUGUGAGUGAGGAUUACCUCAUACUGUGAGUUAAGACUGUGCUAGUGAGAGGAGGAGUGUCUUGUUGUUUGUGUCGGAGGUUGUUGACAGAGCUUGUGUCAAUGCUGUCGCAGGAUUCCCAUCAUCACCAUGUUAUUCAUCACAGUUGAAUGUCUGGUCAGUUCCUUAGCAGCCAUAUGUACUAACUUUCUUGUUAGUUCUGUAGCAGCUGUAUAUUGUAUUUAAUCUCAUCUGAUCCCUACACAUGAUUAUGAUUGUCCAAGAAAUAGAAUGAAUACAUCAUAUUGGAAUGACUGCAUUGUUGUCACAAUAAUAAAGGUUCCCUGUUGACAAAGAA